GCCGGCGGCUGCGCGCGCACGCACAAGAUGGCGGCGCCCAGCGCGGCGGGACUGGGCCGGCGGCUGCGGGCCUGGCUGCCCCGGCUGACACAAGUGAGAUGGAGUCGCUACAACCCCCAAUUUCUAGAGCCAGAAGUGAACAAGGAAUUGUUUCAGAAAUCCCAGGAUGAGCUAUCUGAGGAGGAAAAGGCAAAACAGGAGCUUAAGCUUGUUCGGCCCAUAAAAGCUGCUCCUUCCAGUAUCUCCAGUUCUGUGUUCAGCGACCCUAUGAUCAGUAAGUUCACCAACAUGAUGAUGAAGGAUGGAAAUAAAGUGCUGGCCAGAAGCCUUAUGGCACAGACCCUAGAGGCCAUUAAGAGGAAACAGUUGGAAAAGUACCACCAGGCUCCUGAAGAUGAGAAGGAGAAGAUUGAGUGCAACCCUUAUGUAAUUUUCCACGAGGCUCUGAAAAACUGUCAGCCCAUUAUUGGGCUCUGCAGCAUCACGAAAGGAGGCAAAACCUACCAGGUCCCAAUCCCUCUGAAAGACAACCGGAAGCGCUUCCUGGCCAUGAAGUGGUUAAUCACUGAGUGCAGGGAGAACAAGCACCGCCGCAUGCUGAUGCCUGAGAAGCUCUCCCAGGAGCUGCUCCAGGCCUUCAACAACGAAGGGCCCAUCAUCAAGAAGAAGCACGCGCUGCACAAGAUGGCAGAGGCCAACCGGGCUUACGCCCACUUUCGCUGGUGGUAGGGCCUGUGCGCGCUGUGGUGCACUGCCACCAACCCCAUGGCCAGGAGAACAGAGCCCCAGGGCUGCUUGCACAGAAAGGGAAAGGUGGAAGCUCCCCUCUGGACUGCUUCUGGGCUAAGCCAGGGAAAACCCUUCUGAACACAGUUUCCUUUCUUUUGUGCUUGUUUGGAUGGGGGAAGGGGGAGUCUGAAAUAUCUACCAACUCCUCUAUGGAUGCUCUAGUUACUUCAUAAUCACCUCCUUGUGAAGACAGGGCUUAGAUGUUUUGUGUUUUUUUGGUUUUUUUUUUUCUGUUUUUUCCUCAGAGUAACACUGUACAGAAUAAUCUUUCCAUUCCACUUACCUGUUUCCUGGGGACUUUCAAGUCACUCUGCUCCUGCAGUCAGCAAUGUUUUUUCCCUUUUUGGCUGCACAGCCAGGGAAGAGCAGAGCUGCAUUUUUUUCCCCCUACACAGUAACCAGUCUUAGUAUGAUUGGAAAAAAAAAAAAGGCAAUAAAAGGUGCUUUUUUAACUUUUAGUUCGUGUCAUCAGCAACAGAAAAAAUAAAAUCAGAGCUUUGUGGGAAAGGUGUCAUGCUUCUAAACCUGUGUCUGUUGCUUCAGUCUCACACCUUUCUCUCCAGCCACUCAAUUUACCUAAAUCUAUUCUGCUGCCCUACACCAGAGAAAAAAAUGAAUACUGCAGCCUUAAGGCUUCAAGCAGGAGCAGCUUUUGAGUACUGUUCAGAGCAUUUUUUGCUAUAUAGCUCAGCAAUUGCAUAGAGAGAAUAUAGGGCACAUGUUAGUGGAAAACUUUUAUUAGAAAAAAAACCUUCAAUAAACUAUUUUGUUUUCUUUC